UUCUGCUCCUGCUUCCCAUCUGAGGAGCAGCUCUGAGCUCCGCAGCGCAGGAACGUCUCCUCUGACUCCUCUGAAGGCUUCUGCUCCUGCUUCCCAUCUGAGGAGCAGCUCUGAGCUCCGCAGCGCAGGAACGUCUCCUCUGACUCCUCUGAAGGCUUCUGCUCCUGCUUCCCAUCUGAGGAGCAGCUCUGAGCUUCGCAGCGCUGGAACGUCUCCUCUGACUCCUCUGAAGCUUCCUGCUCCUGCUUCCCAUCUGAGGAGCAGCUCUGAGCGUUUCGCUCAAGAUCUGGUGACAAGGCACAACCAUCACAUUGACAACUGUUUACACUCAGCUGCUGCCUUCUCUGUGGUUGUAGUCGUCAUGGAAACCAAAGGUUUCCUCUUCAGCUGCAUAACUGCAGUGGUGCUCCUCCAGCUCUCCAGCGCUGGCCUUGUCAAGAAGGUCAUCCGCCACCGGAGGGAGACCCUGAUGCCUAAAAAAACCCAGGAGAACUUGACUCUUCCCCAUCCUGAGCAGCCUGUGGUCUUCAACCACGUCUACAACAUCAACGUCCCCUCCACCUCCUUGUGCUCUGUGGACCUCGACUCACCAGGCAGCACCGGGAUGAAACACAAGAGCGGCGCUCUGGACAUGCAGAGCACUGAGCACAUGGAGCACACGGUCGAUGGCGACAACCAGAUCGUUUUCACUCACCGUAUCAAUAUCCCCAAACAAGCAUGUGGCUGCGACAACCAGCUGCCAGACCUCAAAGACAUCCUGAACAGACUGGAGAUGCUGGAGUCGGAGCUGUCUAGUCUGAGGGAGCAGUGCAGCAGUGGAGCCGGCUGCUGUGCAGCUCAGGUUACAGGAGAGGUGUCAACGAAGCCAUUUUGUAACGGACGUGGAAACUGGAGCAUUGACACGUGCAGCUGCUCCUGUGAACCUGGAUGGAAAGGACCCAACUGCUCCGAGUCUGAGUGCCCCAAUGAUUGCCAGGACCAGGGUCGCUGUGUGGAUGGUCGAUGCGAAUGCUUCGAGGGCUUCGGUGGGGAUGACUGCGGGAUCGAGCUCUGCCUGCUGGACUGUGGCGAUUAUGGCCACUGUGUUGAAGGCUCCUGUCUCUGUGAGGAAGGCUUCAUCGGCGAGGACUGUUCUCAGACCAACUGCCUUAACAACUGCCUGGGUCGGGGCCGCUGUGUGGAGGACGAGUGCGUCUGUGAUGAACCGUGGACAGGUUUUGACUGCUCUGAGCUCAUCUGUCCUAACGACUGCUAUGACCGCGGACGCUGCAUCAACGGCACUUGCCUUUGUGAUGAGGGCUUCACUGGAGAGGACUGCGGGGAGCUCAGUUGUCCUGGAAACUGCAACAACCGUGGAAUAUGCGUGAGCGGCAAAUGUGUGUGCCAGGCUGGCUACACUGGAGAGGACUGCUCAAAGCUUACUUGUCCCAAAGACUGCAAUGAGAGAGGCCACUGCUCCAAUGGGAAGUGCAUAUGUGAUCCUGGCUUUGAAGGUGAAGAUUGCUCAGUCCUCUCAUGCCCUGACAACUGCAGCAACAGGGGCCAGUGCAUCAAUGGGGAAUGCAUUUGUGACAUAGGGUACCAAGGAGAAGACUGCAGCAAGCUUUCCUGCCCAAACAACUGCCAAGACCAGGGCCGCUGUGUUGAUGGGGAGUGCGUAUGUGAAAAGGGCUUUGCAGGUGAAGACUGCAGUAUCAAGACAUGCCCCAAAGACUGCCUUGGAAGAGGAGAGUGUAUUGAUGGAAAGUGUGUCUGUUUUGUGGGCUUCACUGGAAAAGACUGCAGCGAGCUAACCUGCCCCAAUGACUGCCUGAACCGUGGUCAAUGUGUGGAUGGUCAGUGUGUUUGCCAUCAAGGUUUUACUGGUGAAGACUGCAGCGAGAAGACUUGCCCUAAGAACUGCCAUGACAGAGGUCAAUGUGUGGAUGGUCAGUGUGUUUGCCAUCAAGGUUUUACUGGUGAAGACUGCAGCGAGAAGACUUGCCCUAAGAACUGCCAUGACAGAGGUCGUUGUGUCGACGGUAUCUGUUUAUGUUAUGAAGGUUUUACUGGGCUGGACUGCUCUGUCCUCACCUGUCCAGGAGACUGCUAUAACCAGGGUCGCUGUGAAAACGGAGAAGACUUUUUCUCCUCCCAUCGUGAGGAAGUUCUGGUGUCACAGCAGCACAAAUGGAAGAAAGAAGACCAACAAAUGUCCAUCUUUAAACCGUUUUUAGAGGCCGCUCCUUUUCCCCGUCUCUUCACAGUCUCGCCACCCGAGGACCUGUCUGUGAUCGAGGUGACUCCAGAAACAGUCGACCUUUCCUGGGACAACAAGAUGAAAGUGACAGAGUACCUAAUCACCUACGUGCCCACGGCCCACGGAGGUCUGGAGCUGGAGAUGCGGGUGCCUGGAGACGAGAAGGAGGCCACCGUUCGAGAGCUUGAGCCCGGUGUGGAGUACCUGAUCAAUGUCUACGCCGUACUCAGCAACCAGAGGAGCGUCCCUGUCAGCGCACGAGUCGCUACUCAUCUUCCAGAGCCGGAGGGUCUGAAGUUUAAGUCUGUGAGAGAAACGUCAGUGGAAGUGCAGUGGGAUCCACUGGAUAUCCCAUUUGAUGGCUGGAACCUGAUCUUCAGGAACACAAAAGAGGAGGACGGUGAGAUCCUGAACCCCCUCGGCCGCCCAGAGACCAGCUUUGAGCAGUCCGGUCUGGGUCCAGGUCAGGAGUACGAGGUCAAACUGGAGGUGGUGAAAAACAACAAGCGUGGACCUCCUGCUUCUAAGAACAUCGUCACGAUGAUCGAUGCUCCUAGUCAGGUGGAUGUACGGGAUGUGACGGACACCACGGCGCUCAUCACCUGGUUCCAGCCUGUGGCCCAUGUGGAUGGCAUCAGCGUCUCCGUCUGGCCCAGCUUUAACCCUGGAGAUCGGAAUGUAGUGGAGCUACCGUCUGCUGAGAGCCAGUACCACCUGGCCGGGCUCAGCCCCGACACGCAGUACCAGGUGUCCUUGGCAGCUAAGAGGGGAGAGCAGAGCAGCGAACCCGUGCUUGACUCCUUCCUCACAGACCUGGAUGCUCCCAGAGACCUACAGACGGUGGAUAUAACAGACGAGAGCAUCACUGUAGAGUGGCGGAACAGCAGGGCUGAAGUGGAUCAGUACCGGAUCAAGUACGGCCCGUUAUCUGGGGGUGAUCACGGAGAACUGCUCUUCCUGCCGGGACCCAAGGACUCUACGCAGGCAAAGAUCACCGGCCUGAAGCCAGGAACGGAGUACGGGAUGGGCGUGACGGCGGUGAAAGAUGAGCGGGAAAGUCGGCCCACCACCACCAACGCAGUCACAGCCCUGGAUGCCCCCAAAGACCUGUCUGUAGCAGAGGUAACGGAGACCACCAUGACGCUGGAGUGGAAGCGGCCGGUGGCCAAACUGGACUCCUACAGGCUGGUCUACGUGUCUGCUGAUGGUCAGAGGGCUGAAGACACGGUGGCAGCCAGCUCUGACUCUCACACCCUGAGGGGCCUGAACCCUGGCAUGAUGUACACCAUCAGCAUGACCGCAGAGCGGGGCCGCAGGAACAGCGUCCCCGCCACCGUCUCAGCUCCCACAGCGGAGGAGAUGCCAGCGGUGACCAACGUCACGGUCAGCGAUGUGUCCUGGGAGAGUUUCCUCCUGUCCUGGUCGGCUGAUGACGGGGCCUUCCAGGCCUUUCUGAUCCAGCUCACUGACGCUGAGACGGGCGCUGAGUGGCAGAACUACACAGUGCCCGGCGACGUGCGCAGCCUCGCGCUCUCAGGCCUCUCCCCCAGCACCUGGUACAGCGCGGGGCUGUACGGGGUGCACCAGGGGGCGCUCUUAGACCCGGUGUUUGCAGACACCAUUACAGAGACCGAACCAGAAGUGCAGGCUCUCCAGGUGUCCAAUGUGACUGCUGAUGGUUUUACGCUGGCCUGGACGGCGGAGGAGGACGCCUUCGACACCUUUGUUCUGAUGCUUACUGCGGCCGAGGACCCCAGCCGACCAAAGGAGCUGGUUCUGGGUGGCGAGGAGAGAAACGUCACACUGAGCGAUCUGAUGCAGGACACCGAGUACAAUGUUGAGGUGUUUGGGCUCAUUUUGGGAAGACGCUCCAAGUCUGUAAGAGAGCGGGUGAGAACAGACCUCGGCUCUCCAAAGGGCAUCCGCUUCUCCGGAGUGACCGAUACGUCCGCCACCGUCCACUGGCUGACUCCCAGGGCCCGGGUGGACCGCUACAUUGUCACCUACAUGCCUGCUGAUGGAGGUGUGGCCAAGACCCUGACAGUGGAUGGCUCCAUGUCACACACCGUCCUGCCAAACCUGACGCCUGGGGUCACCUAUGAGGUCAUCAUCGUUGCCGUCAAGCAGGAGAGAGAGAGUGAGCCUGGAUCUGACAGCGUCACCACAGCUCUGGAUAAGAUCCGUGGACUGACAGCAAUCAACAUCACAGACACUGAGGCCCUACUGCUGUGGCAACCCGCCAUCGCCACCGUAGAUGGUUACGUCAUCACAUACAGCGCAGACACUGUGACUCCAGUGAUGGAGCGUGUGUCAGGAAACGUUGUGGAGUUUGAGAUGAGCUCCCUGAAGCCAGCCACACUCUACACGGUGAAGGUCUACGCUGUGAGGGACUCAGCCAAGAGUGCAGCCACUACCACGGAGUUCACCACAGAUGUUGACGCUCCACAGGACCUGGCGGUCACCAACAUCCAAACAGAGAGCGCCAUGCUCACCUGGAAGCCCCCCCGCGCUGACAUCACUGGCUACCUGCUCCACUUUGAGUCUGCUGUCGGCACCAUCCAUGAGGUGGUUCUAGGUCCUACCGCCGUGUCCUACAACAUGGCCGACCUCAAGGCUUCCACAGAAUACUCCGUUAGGAUGGAGGCUCUGGCUGGUCCCAAGAGGAGCCAAGUGGUCUCUACCAUCUUCACCACCACCGGCGUGCUGUACAGACACCCCAGGGACUGCUCACAGGCCCUACUGAAUGGCGACACCUCAUCAGGUGUUCACACCAUCUACCUGGGAGGAGAUGAGAGCCAACCCCUGCAGGUCUACUGUGACAUGAGCACCGAUGGAGGCGGCUGGAUUGUCUUCCUGCGGCGUCAGAGCGGCAGGCUGGAGUUUUACCGUAACUGGAAGAACUACACGGCUGGUUUUGGUGACAUGAACGAUGAGUUCUGGCUCGGUCUGUCCAACUUGCACAAGAUCACAUCUGGAGGACAGUACGAGCUGCGGGUUGAUCUGAGAGACAAAGGAGAGAUGGCCUACGCUCAAUAUGACAAGUUUUCUGUCUCUGAGCCUCGGACGCGCUACAAAGUCCAUGUGGGAGGAUAUAGUGGGACAGCAGGGGACUCUAUGACCUACCAUCAUGGCCGCCCUUUCUCCACCUAUGACCACGACAACGACAUCGCUGUGACCAACUGCGCUCUGUCCUAUAAGGGAGCAUUCUGGUACAAAAACUGUCAUCGGGUCAACCUGAUGGGUCGCUAUGGUGAUAACAGCCACAGCAAGGGGGUAAACUGGUUCCACUGGAAAGGCCACGAACAUUCCAUCGAGUUCGCCGAGAUGAAGAUCCGGCCUUCAAACUUCAGGAAUCUGGAGGGAAGGAGGAAACGCUCCUAAACGACCAACUCCACCACCAUCAGCACCACCUCCCUGCCUGGGCUCUCCAUAACCCCCCCCUCCCCCUUCUGCACACACACACACACACACACCCCCACUGCAG